AUGACCACAGUUCUGACUACCAUUUCCAACCUCAUCGGUACCCUUCUGGGCGGCUUAUCCCUUGUUGGAGGCCCUGCCCUCAGCUACCUCGACAACACUUCCGACAAGGGAGUUGGAGAGCGGCUGCCUACUCAUGAAGGCGCCGAGAUCGACAAGACUCGCGCGAUUAUCAAGUCAUUCUUGCAGCGCUGCAAGAUCCCAUACCCUCACGUCGUCUAUGACGAGGAGUUUGACCGUCUCGCUCGGGAAGAUGCUAUUCGUCGCGGCUGUCCUAUGUCGGGACCUUACAAUCUCGCGCCAUUCAUCCCUCCUUCCGUAUCCAUGUCUACCACCGCCUAUGCGCACUAUCCGCGCAAGGAUACCCAGGUCAUGACCUGCAUUUACACUGCCUUCCUCAUAUACCUGGACGACAAGUUCCAGGGCGACAUCGACGACGUGCGCUACUUCAACGAGCGAUUUGUGCUCGGCGAGAAGCAGCGUGAGCCCACUCUCGAAUGUUUUGCGCAGCUACUGCGCGAGAUGCCGCUGCACUACGGCCGAGUUGUGUCCAACAUCAUGGUGACAUCUACAUUGAACCUUGUCACCGCGCUUCUGCUCGAACACGAGACUCAAGGCAUGCCGCUUCGAAUCGGGGCAUUCGGAUACCCGACAUUCUCUCGCGUCAUGUCGGGCGCGUCUGAAACAUAUGCGCUCUUUGCGUUCCCAUCGGACCUUCCGCUCCAAACGUUUAUCCAGUGUCUUCCGGAGAUGAUGGUAUAUAUCAACAACGGAAAUGAUAUUCUGUCAUUCUACAAGGAGGAACUUGCUGGCGAGACCGUCAAUCGAGUGUCGUUCCUGGCGGCUGUUCACGGGAUCAGCAAAAACGAGUCGCUGAAGCGGCUCGUCGACGAAGGCGUUGCUGCUCACGAACGCGUGCAACAAAUCUUGGAGGCGCACCAGCCUGCGUUAGAUGCAUAUUUGGCGUUCAGCCAUGGAUACAUAGGAUUCCAUGCAGGGGCGAAGAGAUAUCGUCUGACGGAGCUGGAUCUCUGA